ACUAAACCCGCGCCUGCGCAUUAACCGCGUCCGAGUGCCCGAUACAAGAUGGCGGAGUCGGUGGGGAGGGAGAGGCGGAGGCGGGUCCGAACCGAAUAGAGCAAAGCCUAUUGAGGACUCCGAUCAAACCUCUCCAAGACAGGACAAAUGAGGAGCUAUGACGAGUGAAAACCACGGAACAAUAAAGGCAGACUCGGCACUGGUCAUGUCGCCCACCGGGUCCACGUCACAGGCGGCUCCAUUCUCGCCCUCAACCAGCAAACCCAUCCAAGAGCUGCCAGAUGAGCUGAUUCAGGCUGGAUGGUCAAAAUGUUGGAGUAAAAGGGAGAAUCGGCCGUAUUACUUCAAUCGAUUUACUAACCAGUCGCUGUGGGAGAUGCCAGUCCUGGGGCAGCAUGAUGUCAUUUCGGAUCCUCUGGGGUUGAACGCGGCUCCAGCCUCUGGUGAGGCGAUUAGCGACGCAGGUCUGGGAAACGGGCAGCGUAAGAGACAUCCAUCAGAGGAUGCUUCUCAAGCAGGCCCUAACAGUUUCAAGAGGCCGAAGGUUGAGAUUCCUGUCACUCCAACCACUCCUACUGUCCCUAUUUCUCCCAGCACGCCAGGAGUCAAACCCUGGGUCAACGCCACAGAUGAUAAACAAGGCCAGGCCGGCGUGCCCGCGCCGGCUCCGUACCGGCCCUCUGUAGUGUACUGGGACCUGGACAUUCAGACCAACGCUGUGAUCCGAGAGCGAGCCCCAGCGAACCACCUCCCUCCACACCCGGAGAUCGAGUUGCAGAGAGCGCAACUCACCACCAAACUGCGGCAGCACUACCACGAGCUGUGCUCUCAGCGUGAGGGUAUAGAGCCUCCACGGGAAUCCUUCAACCGCUGGCUUUUGGAGAGAAAAGUGGUGGAUAAAGGUCUGGAUCCGCUCUUGCCCAGCGAGUGCGACCCGGUCAUUUCCCCGUCCAUGUUCAGAGAGAUCAUGAACGACAUCCCCAUCAGGCUCUCUCGAAUCAAAUACAAGGAAGAGGCCAGGAAGCUCUUGUUUAAAUAUGCAGAGGCGGCCAAGAAAAUGAUUGACUCCAGAAAUGCAACUCCUGAUAGUCGGAAGGUGGUGAAGUGGAACGUCGAGGACACGAUGAACUGGCUGAGACGAGACCAUUCUGCCAGCAAGGAGGACUACAUGGAUCGGCUCGAGCACUUACGGAAGCAGUGCGGCCCGCACGUGACGGCCGUGGCGAAGGACUCUGUUGAGGGCAUCUGUUCAAAGAUCUAUCACAUUUCUGCGGAAUAUGUGCGCAGGAUCCGUCAGGCUCACCUCACUCUGCUUAAAGAGUGCAACAUCUCAGUGGACAGCACAGAGUCGACAGAGGUCCAGAACCGGUUGGUGUAUUGCUAUCCAGUCAGACUGUCCAUCCAGUCUCCUCCUCAGCCGCGCGUUGAGCUGCACUUCGAGAAUGACAUCGCUUGUCUACGGUAUAAAGGGGAAAUGGUGAAGGUCAACCGCGGUCAUUUCAACAAAUUGGAACUCCUGUAUCGAUAUAGCUGUAUAGAUGACCCAAGGUUUGAAAAGUUCCUGUCUCGUGUGUGGUGCCUUAUCAAAAGAUACCAGGUGAUGUUUGGCUCUGGUGUGAACGAGGGGUCUGGCCUGCAGGGGGCGCUGCCUGUUCCCGUCUUUGAGGCUCUCAACAAAAAGUUUGGAGUAACUUUUGAGUGCUUCGCUUCUCCUCUGAACUGCUAUUUCAAGCAGUUCUGCUCCGCAUUUCCAGACAUUGACGGCUUCUUUGGAUCUCGAGGGCCUUUUCUCAGCUUCUCUCCGGCCAGUGGCUCAUUUGAGGCAAACCCUCCAUUCUGUGAGGAACUCAUGGACGCCAUGGUGACACGCUUUGAGGAUCUUCUGGAACGCUCUAGCGAGCCUCUGUCCUUCAUCAUCUUUGUGCCGGAGUGGCGUGACCCGCCGACCCCUGCCCUCACACGGAUGGAGUCCAGCCGCUUCCGAAGGCACCAGAUGACCGUGCCUGCCUUCGAGCAUGAGUACCGCAGUGGCUCACAGCACAUCUGCAAAAGAGAAGAGAUGUACUACAAGGCCAUCCAUGGAACGGCAGUCAUUUUCCUCCAAAACAAUGCUGGCUUUGCCAAAUGGGAGCCCACCACGGAGAGAAUCCAGGAGCUCCUGGGGGCGUAUAAGGUCUCUGGGCGUUCAUUGCCCUCGCCUGGUCCCUCUUCCACCAGUACCGCAGACAAAGACUCCAAACCGGUCCAGGAGCGCUCUGCUAAAAGUCAAGACAACAGCAGUCCUGUUGACAAGACUGCACCGGACACAACAAACAUUUAGAUGCAGCGCUGGGCGUGUGGACACAUGUAUGUAUGUUUAUGGGAAAGAGUCUGUGAUUGUAUGAGAGAUAUAAUAUUGCGCUGUUGGGUUUAGAUGUUCACGCAAGAUUUGUUUACUUUCUUCCGCCUCUAUUAUUUAAUAUUAUUUGUUUUAGGGGUUUGAGUCUCAUAAUUGUUGGUUUUUUUUAUCAGUCUGUAGAUAGUUUGGUCACCUUCUUUUCUUUUUUUUUAAGAGAUGGUAAAUGUAGUCAAGCAUAUCAUAUUCUUUUUUUGUUGGCCUUUAUGGGUGAAUCUCAUUAAAACGUGUCAUAUUCCACACCAAGUUCAAAAGAACAAUAUUUUUCAUAAAUAUUUCAUAAAGUUUUUCAUCAAUUUUCUCAAUGGUGGUUAAACUUGAAUGACAUUAUUUUCAUUUGUAUUACAGUAAUUAUUUACUGUAUUAUUACAGUUAAAAUGUUACUAUUACAAUGCUAUUAAAAAAAUAAAAUGAGCAAAAAUUGAAUUCAACACAAUGGAAUGUAUUAGCAUUGGGAUAUCUUUACUCAAAUACAUCCUGCAUUACGCUAGUGAAUUAUUAUACAUUUGUUUUGCAUUAUAAUAUAUAGAAAUAACGUGGGCCUCAUAUAGGCUCAAUUUUCCAAACAAAAUAAAAUUUCUUUCUAUUGAUUUUGGAGUGAAAUAUGACAGGCUUUUUUCUGAUUAUUCACUCUUUAACUUUGUGCUUUUCUCACUGGCAGGAAUAUGAAGCUGUCAAAGAGUCGAUGCACCGAUGCUUGUCUAUCGUUCUUUUAUAUAAUUCUGUGUCAGAAGACGAUCGGCGAUCAGGCAGCUAUGUUUAAAAGCCUUCAUCUUGACAUGCAUCAGCGUUAGGGCUUCUCAAAUCAUUAGUUGCUUCCUGUUAAACCCGUUUGUUUUUAGCAUUCAUAGGCGUUCCUUUAUAAGUUGAGCAGACAUGUUUGAAUUCUUCAUGACAGAAUAUAUACUGUAUGUAAUAACAAAAGGUCAGUAAACAAGCAGAGAAAUAGUCAUCCAUUUGCAGUCAAAUCCAGUCCGUUUUCUUUCGUUCCUAAAAUAUUGUACAGAACACGAUAGUUAUUUAAAGAUUUUGUACUUUUUAUUUGCAUUUUCUGUACAGUACAAGCCUGUGUGAACCUAGUGUGGCAUUCUGGGUCACAUCAAUUGUAGCAUUUAGAAAAGUGAAAUUUCUUAUUAGUUACGAAAGCAUUAUUCCACCUGUUUGUGGUUUUAGUGAAAAAUGAAUUGGCUCCUAAAUAUGGCGUACGCCCCUCAUUUUUCUCCAGUGAGUCUACCUCUCAUUUCGGGUGUUUUAUAAUUGAGAGCAACGACACCUGGAAACUCAAACGAAGAAAAGCAAACAUUCUUCCUUUAAUAACUGCAUUAGAGUCCAGUUAUUAGAAUUCGUUGCUAUUGCCUUGAUUUCACUGUUUCGUGUUUGUGAAAAGUGCUUUAAAAGAUUACUUUUUUUUCUAAUCAUAGAAAUUUGUUUACAUGAUAUUGAGUUUAAAUUGUAUCACUGGGCAGCGUUUUGAAUGUACAUUUUAAAAAAAAAAGGAAAAGAGAAAGUUAUUGAUCGCAUUUGUUGCUACAAUUGGACUUUAAAUGUUGCUAUUGUUAACACUACAAUGGUGGAUUUUUUUUGUUUUUGUUUUUUUUGCCAUGUUAUAACGCAUGUAGAAAUUCGUAUUGUAUAUUAUCACUUUAUUAAACCCAAUCACUUCCAUCUGUAAGUAAGUAUAGGUUUGUUUGUUUGUUUUCACUGGACUACAUUGACAUGGGAAAUGGCUUUUAUGUAAGGUUUAAAAGCAUUCCAGUGGUUCGAUGCGUAAUGUAUCCCAGCUUGCCAUUUUUAAAAUCCAACACAGCAUAACAUUGAGCAUCGGGCACUUGUUGGAUUUCAGAGUGGAUCACCAGCAAAACUGUAGAUGUUGUACAGAAUUUGUUUUCUUCCCACACGGCUGUUAUGAGUUUAUUGGAAAAGAACACAAAAGAUGUCUUUUUCACCAUGAUUUUUUUUUUAUUUAACUUUUUGGUUCUAAACUGUUUAUGAAUUAUAGAAUUUAUGAAAUAGUUGUUUUAAACUAAACCAAAGUGUUAUUAAAAAAGGAGGAAUUUAUCUUGUAUCUUAAAGUAGAACCGUGUACGAUUGCAUCAGUAAUGCAUAAAGUGUAACCAGCAAAAACAUCCAUUUAUCCAUAACUUUAUUUUUAUAAUUCUUUUUUUUUGUUGUUGUUCUUUGUUUUCUUACAAGAGUGUGUUUAGGUUUUUAUCUUGCAUGACCUGAUAUUUUUCAUUACAAAAAAAAACAAAACAAUAUAUAAAUUGUACAAAUCUAUAUUGUUUAGUUAGUUGUACGCUUUGCCACACUAGGCUUUUAACCGAUUCGCAUUUAUCAGUCAUGUUGAUUGAUUUAUAUUUGGUCGCCAUUGCGUUUGUUGAUUCAAUGUCCUCUAAAAUGCCAUGAAUGUCUCCCCUGUAAUCUUAUUCUGAUAAAGAAAAGAUUCAGUGAAUGUAAAUAUGUCUGUGCUUAUAUAAUUUGUUUCUUCUACCUGUAUAUUAUCAGUGUUGUGGCAUUUCCCCAUCACCUAAAGUGGUAUAAAGAUUUUCCUCUGAAUCAGAAAAGCUCAGUAAAAUAUUGAAAUCAUGAACUCA